AGUGACGCAUGCGCAGAAGCACACAGCGCCAUCAUCAGGAGCAGCUGCGGCCAGGGCGAAGCAAGAAGGUGUCUUGUUUAUCAAGAAAUAAACAAAGCCUACAAUGUCGGGAUUUGACAGCAACCCUUUUGCAGACCCCGUGGACGUAAAUCCUUUCCAGGACGCUUCUGUCACUCAAGCCACCAAUGGAGGCAUCAGCAGCAUUAGAGAAUACAACCCUUUCUCCUCAACUGAAUUGACGGACAGCACUGACACGACCAUCCCCAUCUCAUCGGUUUCAUCUCAACCUGCCAUCCUGCAAACCUCCGUGGAGCAGAGUUCACAAGUGUCUGCUGCCGCCGCUGCUGGUCAAGCUGAUCUGAUCAAGCAGCAACAGGAGCUGGAUCGGAAAGCAGCAGAGUUGGAAAGGAAGGAACAGGAGCUUCAGAACCGGACAGCCCAGAACACUGGCGUAAAAGAGAACAAUUGGCCUCCAUUGCCAAAGUUCUCCCCUGUGAAGCCAUGUUUCUACCAGGACUUUGAGCAGGAUAUCCCAGAGGAAUACCGCAAGAUAUGCAGGAGAAUGUACUACUUGUGGAUGUACCACAGCUCUACGCUUUUCCUCAACGUACUGGCCUGCCUGGCCUACUUCACAGCCGACGCUCAGUAUGGAGUAGACUUUGGUCUGUCCAUCCUGUGGUUCAUCCUAUUCACACCUGUGUCCUUUGUCUGCUGGUACAGACCCGUCUACAAGGCCUUCAGGUCUGACAGCUCCUUCAGCUUCUUUUUCUUCUUUUUUGUCUUCUUCUUCCAAGUGGCUGUGUACAUCAUCCAGACAGUGGGGAUCCCCAAGUGGGGAAACAGUGGCUGGAUUGCAUCCAUCAGCAUGAUCCGGGUGAACUUGGCCGUCGCCGUGGUCAUGAUGGUCGUGGCCGGCUUUUUCACUGUCAACGCCAUCCUGGGCGUCGUUCUGCUGAAAAUGGUCCACUCCAAGUACAGACGUACAGGAGCCAGCUUCACCAAGGCCCAACAGGAGUUCUCGACUGACGUCCUGACCAACAGAACCUUUCAAUCCACUGCCACUUCAGCUGCUCGGGGGGCCUUUGGCAUGAACUAAAACAUUAGAUCUUGCCCUGCUUCCAUGUUACCUUACACAUGUCAUCUCAAAUGUGGCUUAGAAAACACAAAUUGACCACAAACAUGCUGCCACAUGAUUGUGGUUUGUGUUCAACGGGCAGGUGAAGUAUCCAGGGUGCAAUGUGUUUUUUAUAAUAAUAAUAAUAAUAAUGUAGAAGUGAAUCUGUAGGUAUUGUAAGGUGUAUGACUUGCACAUGUUUUUAAAUGCACUCUAUAGUAACUUCAUCAGUCAACAGUGCAGCAUGAUAAGUAAACAAGGCUGCUUUACGAGCUGUUGUGGAGAAAUACUAACAAAACUGAAUUGGCCAAGAAGGCUGGAUGAAUUUCAUUACAUCGCCACAAAAGAAGCCCUCUCGUAAAACAGGUGGAACUAAACAAAAAAUUGAAUAAUAAUCAAAGGUAUAUUUAUGUUGGCAAUAUUAUUGUUAUAUCAACUCAUUACAUGCAAAGUGAGAUAUGCCAAGCCUUCAUUUGUUAUGUUUAUGAUCAUGGUUUGCAGUUUUUAAAAGUAUUUUGAGUUUUUCAAUUUCAGGUAAGCCCUGAUCAUCAAAAUUACCCCAGAAUGAGGCUUGAAAUAUUUUGAGUUGCAUGUUAUGAGAAAAUGCCAUUGAUUAGUUUCACCUUAUAAAUCUAAUUGCUGGAAUAAAUAAACCUUUGCACGGUAUUCACAUUUUUUGAGUUUCACCUGUCUAUGCCAAUAUUUGUGUACUGCUUCCUCGAGCUAAGUGACUAGUCAAAUAAGUUUAUUCAAAGUGUGUCAAUAGAAUAAUAUUAGUGUUAGAUCUCCUCUAGGUCACUGCAGAAGACAUAAUGAAGCUGAUGUUUAUGACUCUGGACAGGAUCUAUGAAGCCCUGAUAUUAAGCAGCUCUACAUUCUGUGGGCGAGACAGGAGAAAACCAUCUUCAUGUCUGGUUCCAAGCACAGCAACUAUCUCAAGGUGAAGGUAGUACUUUUUGCCUCUUAUGUAUCGUCAUGAAGGACUUCGCUUACUGGCUCAAAUGAAGGUUUAACAAACUAAAAUGAAGUUGUUAAGUGAGCAAUAUGUUUUAUGAAUACAUUUUGUAGAGAAUUUCAAUUUGUUCGGAGCCUCAAAAGACGUGGGGCCGUUUUAUUUAUUAACUGUUGCUGAAAGAAUUCACACCAUAAUAAGGAAAGUAAAAUAAAGAGCAAAAGAACACAUUUAUCUGUCAGUUUUAUUUUCAGGGGUGAUUGUAUUAGAAAUGGCAGAUUAAAAUAAAUACUGUAUUUUAUUUUUUGUGCAAAUGUACUUUUUGUCGAACGUGUUUGAAAAUCCAAGUCUUUACAGUCUUUAAAUGUUACAAUUACUUGCAAUCAUAACAGUAACAACUGCUUGCUUUCAUAAUAUUUAAGAUCACAGACCAUUUGAAUGUCAAGAAGGACCUGCAUAAUGGGCAACUGGUAAACGUGAAGAGUGAUUAUCAUGUUGUGGUUUUCCUGUGAACUCACAAUGAUUAAAUAUCAAUACACUGUAAAUGCAAACUGUUCAUAUAUUCCGAAUAACGAUUACUAUCCGUGCCUUAAGUGAAUGUGAAAAUGACUCUUUCUGUGUGGAGUUUCUGGCAUGUUUAGUGGUUGAUGUCAGUUAUUUUAUUUUUCCUUGUCUUCCUUAAAUUCUGUUUUUAUCUUUUCCAAACUUGUAUUAAGAUGUGCAUAUUGCUAAGCUACUUUAAAGUUACUUUUAUGGUUACUGAUAUACAGUCAAGUUAAUUCAAUAAAUUCUCGAUGAAAAUUGAAA